AGGAGGAGGAGGAGGAGGAGGACGAAGAUCUUCAACUCUUACCAAGAAAGGUCGAGGCCACCGAUGAUUCUGAGUCCACUGUCGCCACGGUGAUAAAUAGUGGAGAACCAGGAAGUGGUUCAAGCCGCUCAAUGUCGCAGCACAACAUGGAUCCCGAACAAGCUGCUGAUAGCGAAGUGGCGUCCAAUGAUGACAAAGAUGCAGUUGACGACUGUGACAGAGACGACGACUGGAAACCAGACAUUGAGCCGCGGAAAUCUGAGGCUAAGCGGCGCCGGCCCAAACCUUACGUCGUGGAGAGAAGUAAAACGCCCUGCAAGGUGUGUGGCGUUUGGUACAAGGUCCUCGGCAGCUUGAUCAAACACGCCUGGAGUCAUGUGGAUGAGUCGCCGUGCGUCUGCGGAGUGUGCGGUGAGCGUCCAGAAUCUGUCGAAGAGUUAAAGAAACAUAUCAGAAACCAACACCAGACUCACGACUGCGCACACUGUGGAAAAUCUUUCUCCACCAUCACCGGCCUCAACAUCCACACCACGCUGCACACAGGAAAUAGACCCUUCACGUGUGAAGACUGCGGCAAAACCUUCGCUCACAGGUCGAGUCUGAGCACGCAUCACUGGGUUCACGUGGCGGACAAACCACACAAAUGUGACAUUUGUCCGAAAGCUUUCGGUCUGAUGGCGCAGCUCAAAGCUCACAGAAAGAUACAUACAGGUCGAGACAAGUACCAGUGCAACGUCUGUGGUAAACUCGUCUGCGACCUCCGAUCUUUAGCCCGCCACAAGGCGACACAUUCGGGUGAGAGACGCUAUGGCUGCGAAGUUUGUGGGAAACGUUUCAAACUUCCCUUCACAUUGAAGUCACACGAGAAGAUCCACACGGUCAGAGAGCGACCGUACCUCUGCGACAUCUGCUGCAAAACCUUCCUGUCAAGCUGCACCUUGACGACACACAUGAAAACGCACAGCGACGAGCGGCCGUUCAUCUGCAACAUCUGCAGCAAAGGCUUCAUUUCCAACGGCCAGCUCAAGGCUCACAUGCGAGUGCACACUGGCGAGGCACCGUAUGGCUGCUCCGAGUGUGGUCGCUUCUUCAAAAGCAAAACUCACCUGAAAAAUCACAUCCGGAGCCAUUCGGGCAUCAAACUGUUCUUCUGCGCCGUUUGUGGGAAAGCGUGUUCCCGCCAAGAACACCUGACUGUCCACAUGAGGACGCACAACGGAGAGAGACCGUACAAAUGUUCGCUCUGCGACAAAGCGUUUACUCAGAGCCACUGUCUGAAAACACACAUGAAGAGUCACUGCGCGGAAAAAAAGUAAUUAUUGAGUCUGUCCACCUGGAAACAGUUUUACAACCAAAGUUCACUUUUGUACCUGAUUUGAGCGAUCACUCCCGUUCACGUUUGUUUAACUGUUGUUCAGAAACGUUAAACUGACCAACGUUCUUUAAUUAUUAUUCCACUGUAGCUAGUGUUGCAUUCAGGGGGAGUGGGAAAUUAGAUGUUUCCUCCAAUCAGAGUUAAUCAUUGUCAAACAAAUGAUCCUACAUUUCUUUACUACUUGAUUUGAAUCUCAAAUCCCACAUGCUCCUGAAUGCAGCAUAUGGUGCCUUCAUGUUUUCUGCUUAACAAUUCUUCUCACAUGCUUCUUUGAAACAGUUCAAAUAAACU